AUGAGGGCGAAGGCGCUUCUUAACAGCCCGACUCCACAAAUUGCGGACCUUAACGAGACCAUAAAACUCGACGCGCUCUACGAAGACGCCACAGAUUGUACUCAGACUUACUUUAGGAUUAAUGGUGUAGAAAACAGAUUAUCAUUGGCUGGAUUUCUAUUAGCUAGACCCCUGCCACCGGCGCGUGAAGACAUUCGA